AUGAAGCCGGCCAGUAGCCACUCCCUGGGCUCAUCCAGUGUGAUCAGCAUGAUGAUCAUGAUUACAGCCCCUGCAGCGGGCAGGGGAGUAGCGGCAGGCACCAUGGCUGAUAUCAUCGGCCUGUCAUGCCGCUUUCCCGAGUCAAAUGGGCCAGCGGAAUUCUGGAGCAACCUCAUGGACGGGACGGACAUGCUCACCUGUGACGACAGGAGAUGGCCAGUCGGGUUCCAGGGUCUGCCGCCCAGGUCUGGAAAGGCUCCAGGCUUUGACAAAUUCGACGCGGCAUUCUUCUCAGUCCACGGCAAGCAGGCGCAGAAAAUGGACCCACAGCUACGGAAGCUGCUGGAGGUUGCCUAUGAGGCCUGGGUGGACGCCGGUGUGGAUUUCAGCGCCCUGAGAGGCAGCGAGAAGGUGGGAGUGUAUGUGGGCGCCUGUGGGUCAGAGACUCACGCCCAAUGGCUGGGAGACAUCGACAGCAUCACGGGCUACGAGCAGUCAGGCUGCGCACAGUCCAUGUUUGCCAACCGCCUGUCCUGGUGGUUUGACUUCCGCGGCCCCAGCAAGUGCAUCGACACAGCUUGCUCCUCUUCUUUGAUGGCUUUCAACGAUGCCAUCUCCGAUCUUGACAGCGGCCGCAUCGACUAUGCCAUCGUCGGUGGUGCCUCUGGAAUCUUCCGGCCGCAGACAUCCAUCGCCUUCCAAAGACUCCACAUGAUGUCUCCAGAUGGCACGUGCAAAUCCUUCGAUGCGUCGGCCAACGGCUACGCGCGCUCUGAUGGUAUUGCCAUCGUGGUGCUGCGGCGGACGGGCCUGUCAGAUAUCCCCGUCUGGGCCUCGCGCCACCCAUAUGCGCGCGUGCUGGCCUGCGCCACCAACAACGACGGUCACACCAAGGAGGGCAUCACCUUCCCCUCCGGCCCUGCCCAGAAGGCCCUUGCCCAGGAGGUGUGCGCUAAGGCUGGCCUGGAGCCGUCAGCGGUGGACUACAUUGAGGCGCACGGCACCGGUACAGUGGCCGGUGACGGCCAGGAGCUGGGCGCGCUAGAGGAGUGGUACGGCCGCACCGGGGGCCGGACCGCUGAGAACCCCCUCCUCAUCGGCUCCGUCAAGUCCAAUAUGGGCCACUGCGAGGGCUGCUCCGGCCUGGCAGCGCUGAUCAAGGUGCUGCUGUCAUACGAGCACAAGACGCUGCCUGGCAACCUGCACUUCAAGGAGCCCAACCCCAACAACGCCGGCCUCAAGGAUGGAAUCCUCAAGGUCGUCACAGAGCCCACCAAGUUCAAGGGCAUCACCGCUCUCUCCAACUUUGGCUUUGGUGGCUCCAACGUCCACCUUCUGCUGAGCCCUGGCGACACGCACGAGGCAGUGUCACCAAUUAAUGAGGAGGGCGCUGAGGAGGCUGACGCUAAGAGCGGAGCCACUCCCGCGAUCAUCCCCCUGGCCUCCCGCACCAAGGAGGGCAUGGCCGACCUGGUCAAGGUCCUGCAGGGCCUGCCAGGUGGUGAAAAGUCAGUGCUGGACCCGCUGCGGCGCCUGGCCAACAGCGUGGGAGGGAACGUUGCGCGCCUGUCAACGCGUGGCACCCUCAUCGACGGCGAGCUGCGCUCCGCGCAGGCGCCCACCACAUCGCCCCCCGUGUGGUUUGUCUUUACUGGCAAUGGCAGCCAGUGGCCCAAGAUGGGCAGGGAGCUGAUCGAGCAGAACGCCACGUUCCGCGAGAGCAUCAAGAUUUGUGCCUCCGUGCUCACCCCUCUGGGCCUCGACCUGCUGGAGGCCUUUGAGAAGGAGGACGGCUUUAGCGAGGCCCGCCUGGCCGCCGUUGGCCUUGCAUCCGUCCAGAUUGGGCUGGUGGAUGUGCUCCGUGAGGAGUACGGCAUCACACCCGGCGGCGUGCUGGGCCACUCUGCCGGCGAGAUCGCGUGCGGCUACGGCGACGGCUGCUUCACGCGCGAGCAGACCGUGCUGGUGGCGUACCACCGUGGCCGCAUGUGCCCCGAGCACGGCAUCAGUGGCGGCCUCAUGGCUGCCGUGGGCCUCGGCGCUGACGAGGCUGAGGCACGCCUGGUCAAGCACGGCAAGGCUUCUUGCGUCGUCGGCUGCGACAACUCCCCCACCUCCACCACCCUCUCAGGUCCGGAGGGAGACCUGAAGCCGCUGCUGGAGCAGCUGAAGGCGGAGGGUGUGUUUGUGCGCGAGCUGGACACUCGCGGCCUCGCCUUCCACUCCCCUGUCCUGCAGUCCCACCUACCCGAAUUGCAGGCUGCGCUGGAGGAGGUUGUGCCAGAGCCCAAGGAGCGCUCAGCCACAUGGCUGUCCUCCACCUACGCCGUGGACGAUGAGAGCCCAGAGGCCCGCCUGUGCUCCGGAGCCUACCAGACGCACGGCUACGCGAGCCGCGUGCAGUUCCGGCUGGCGUGCUCCAAGAUUCCCAAGGAUGUGAUCCUGCUGGAGAUAGGUCCCCACGCGCUCAUGCGCUCGCCCCUGCGCCAGAAUCGCAGCGACCUGCAGUACGUGGCUACCAUGAAGAAGGGCGACAGCGCCGUCGACACCCUCAAGGCCGCCAUCGCCGACCUCUGGCGCAAGGGCGCUGCCAUCAACUGGUCCACCUCCGUCACUCCCGCGCCAUCAGCCACCCCCGAGCUGCCGCGCGUGGUGCGUGAGGCGCUGGUGUCGUGGGACCAUGCGUCGGAUUACCCGCUGCCCAAGUCCAAGGACUGGACCAGCGCUGGCGGUUCCUCCGGCUUCACCAAGACCUACAAGCUCGGCGGCGAGCACGCCUUCCUGGCCGACCACGUCGUCGACGGCCGCAUCCUCAUGCCUGCAACGUCAUACUUGGUGACGGCGUGGGAGGCGCUGGCGACGCAGCACGAGAAGACGAUGGCGGAGCUGCCGGUGGUGUUCGAGGACGUGUCCAUCGUGCAGGCCGUGCAGGCGCAGCCUGGCGAGAAUGUCACCCUCUCUGUGCUGCUUGACCGCAGCCACCGCUUCCAGGUGCUGCAAGAGACGGACAUCAUUGCAGAGGGGCGCAUCAAGCCGCGCUCAGCGCCCGCGCCCGCCAAGAAGGAGGGUGACGCAGCUUCGGCGGAGGCACCCGCCGACACCGUCGCACCUGCAGAGGCUGAGGCUGCCGCUCCCACAGAGGAGGCCAAGCCAGAGGCCGCUGCCCCUGCCGAUGCAGAAGCACAGGAGGAGGCGGAGCCUGAAAAGGUGGAGGUUGAGUGGCCGUACAACGCCCUGGACACUGUUGACGCUGGCACGUUCUACCUGGACGUUGCGCGCGCAGGCAUCCAGUACGGGCCCCACUUCCGCAUGGUCGAGAAGCGCCACAUCGAUGGCAAGGCCGUUGUCCUCAGGUGGGACGGGUGCUUCAUCAGGCUGCUGGACGGCAUGCUGCAGGCAGGCGCGCUGGGCAGCGCCGACUACAACCUGCGCAUCCCUACCAAGAUCCGCCACCUCGCCAUCCUGGACUCCAGCCCAGCCAUCCCCGCUGGCUCCCAGGUCAUGGUGGACGUGGAUGCCCCAGUGGACGUGUGCCGCACGGAGUUGUGUGAGGUUGCUGGAGUGGAGCUCUCGUCCGCGCCGCGCCGGCCGAUCAACUACAAGACACUGCUCAAGAAGAUGGACUUCCUGCCCUACGGCGAGAACCUGGACAAGGACGCCAAGCGGCUGGCCUACUACAAGCAGAUCCGCGGCUACAUUAAGGCCCUGGUCGAGCCUGCCAUCAUCGCCCACGGCGCCGCCUCUGCCGACGGCAUGCCCGACCACCUGCAGAAGGUGCUGGUGAUGCUGGAGGACUUCAAGGAGCCGGCGCCGGAGGGCGCGGAGCUGGAGGCGUUCCUGUCGGGCCCCAAGCACCACCUGGCCCGCCUCAUCCGCGAUCUGUUUGCUGAGGAGGCCUCCGCCACUACCAUGGAGAACCCCAUUCAGGCCAUCGUGCAGCACGCGGAGCACAACGUGCUGUACGCACAGGACCCGCUGAUGCAGGGCUUCCACGCGCGCCACAUCUCCCACAUGCUGGACAUCGUGUGCGAGAACCAGGGCCAGACCGGCUUCACUGUGGCUGAGAUUGGUGCCGGGACUGGAGGCUUCACACGCCAGGUCAUUGCUGAGCUGGACCGCAGCCCAUUCUCGGAGCUGCGCGGAUACACAGCCACUGACAUCACCCCUGCCUUUGGCCCCAACCUGCUGCAGAUGGUCGGCAACUCCAAGCUGGAAUUUAAGACAUGGGAUGUCAACAAGCCGGCACCUGACACCCUGGGAGGCCCCUUCGACCUGAUCCUGGCAUCGAAUGCCGUCCACACAUGUGACAAUAUGGCAGAGACGCUGGCAAACGUGCAUGCAUCCCUGGCGGACGGGGGCUUUUUGCUGCUGUACGAGACCACCGCAGCGUUCACCACAUGCCUGUGGGGUCUGGAUGAGCGCACCUGGAAGUUCACAGACGAGCGUGAGUACGGCCUCUGGAUGGCCAAGCCGCGCUGGCACCGCCUUUGGGCUGAGGCCGGCUUCACCCAGAUCGUUGAGCACUGGUGCCCGCAUGAGUCAGGCGCGCUGUUCCUGUACCGCAAGCUGCCGAGCGUGCCGGAGCCGGUGCUGUUCGCGGCGCCUCCCCUGGUGGCCACCGAGGAGCACAUGGAGGGCUGGCUCAAGGAGUACAACGACGCCCUUGCCGCAGUCGACCCUGAGGCACCCAAGGAGGCCGCCCCUGCCGAGGGCGAGGAGGCUGCAGAGCCGGCCAAGGUGGAGCAGAGGCUGUGGCUGCACGGCAACCUGCGCGACAACCCGGGUGUGCUGGGCCUGGGCCACUGUGCCCGCCUGGAGGCGCACGGCGACAACCUGCGCUGGAUGCUCGACGCGCACCACCCCUCCUCCGCGCUCACCUCCUGCGCGGGCCCAGCCGCCAAGCCGGACCCCAAGCUGACCGCAGAGCAGAUGCUGGCCAUUGCCGGCCGCAUGGACCUCGUCAACAACAUCUUUCAAAAUGGCGUGCACGGCUCCCUCCGCAACACCCUUGUAGAGUUGAACGAGGUGGACAAUGCGGCGGCGCUCGAGAAGGCACCCAAGUGCGGGGUGCACCUUGACAUUGUGUCCCCCGGCGACAUCUCCUCGUUCUUCUGGGCCCACAGCCAGGCGCCGCCGCCUGGCCUGGUGGAGUGCAAUGUUGCAUACGGGUCUCUGAAUUUCCGUGAUGUGAUGCUGGCAUACGGCAAGCUGAGCAAGGACCUGAUGAGCCACGCCAACGGAGGCAACCAGAUUGGCCUCGAGUUCUCUGGCAAAGACAAGGUGAGCGGCAAGAGGAUCAUGGGCAUGACGCCCCAGAACUCAAUCGCGACCAUGGUGGCUUCCAAGCCCCACGCCCUCUGGGACGUUCCGGACAGCUGGACCCUGGCGCAGGCCGCGACCGUGCCGGUGGCGUACGCGACGGCGUACGACGCACUCGUUGUGCGCGGCCGCCUGCAGCCGCACCACCGCGUGCUCAUCCACUCUGCCUCCGGCGCCGUCGGCCUGGCCGCCACCCGCAUCUGCCUCAACCGCGGCUGCGAGGUGUUUGUGACGUGUGGAACUGCGGACAAGCGCGCCUUCCUGCUGGAGGCGUUCCCGACCCUGAGGGAGGACCACAUCGGUGACUCGCGCUCGUGCGCGUUUGAGGAGGUCGUCAAACGGCAGACCAACGGCACCGGCGUCCACCUCGCUCUCAACUCCCUCGCCGAUGACAAACUGCAGGCAACCGUGAGGUGUCUAGCAGACAACGGACGACUGCUGGAGAUUGGAAAGUAUGACAUUUUGAAGGGAACGCCACUGAGCAUGAGGCCCAUGCUCCGCAACGUUGCCUUCGAGGGCAUUGACCUGGACAGAAUCACCAACGACCCCAGCAACAUCACAGAGGCAUGGGAGGUGCACGCGCUGCUAACGGCCGGAAUCAGCAGCGGCGAGGUUGUGCCACUGCCGCUCAACAAGUUCUCCCGCAAGGAGGCUGGCAACGCCUUUCGAUUCAUGGCUGCUGGAACCCACAUGGGCAAGGUGCUCAUCCAGAUGGCUUCCGAUGGAGACUCCGAGGAGGCCCUCGCCGCAAAGGCGGUGUUCAAGUGGCCCGCGCCACCCGCCAAGGCAGAGGAGGAGGAGGGCACGGAGGCCGUCGAGGCCACCGCAGCGCCUGCCAUUGAAGACGAGCCCGCUGCCAAGCCCGUCUUCUUCUGCAAGUCGGACCGGUCGUACAUCAUCACGGGAGGGGUGGGAGGCUUUGGGCUGGCGCUGGCAGUGUGGCUGAGCAACCGCGGCGCGCGCAACCUCGUGCUGACCUCAAAGCGCGGCAUGCGCACCGGCGGCCAGCGCAAGGUCGUCCAGAUGCUGCAGAAGCGCGGCGUCCAGAUUGAGGUGUCCAAGCUGGACGUGGCUGACCUGGGCGAGACGGAGCAGAUUGUAGCACUGGCGGAGGGCAUGGCGCCCGUGGGAGGCAUCUUCCACCUGGCCAUGAUCCUGCAGGACCGCUGGAUGUCCAACCAGACGGGUGAGAGCUGGAACGCGCCCAUCAUUCCCAAGGCGUACGGCGCGCUCAACCUGGACAAGGUGUCCCAGAAGCUGCCCCACCUGGAGCAGUUUGUCAUCUUCUCCUCCGUCGUCUCCUCCACCGGAAACGAGGGUCAGGGCAACUACGGGUACGCCAACAGCGUGUGCGACAUGCUCUGCAUGUCCAGGCGGGCAGCAGGCCUGCCAGCCCUUGCACUGGCGUGGGGCCCCGUCGACCACGUGGGAUACGUGGCCGAGAUCCUGAAGGGUAAGCUGGUGGGGCGCGUGUUUGAGUGGCUGCUGCCACAGCCGGUGGAUGACUGCCUGCGCGUGCUGGCCAGCUGCCUGCUGGGCGGCAAGGAGGUUACACCGCUGAUGUGCUCCACCACAGAGACCGUCGGGUCCAACUCCGCCGACGGAGAAGAGGACACUGACCUGGUAGAGGCGGUCUUGAGCCUGAUGGGCCUCAAGGCGGACGCAGUCGGCGAGAACGACAACCUAGCAGCACUCGGCAUCGACAGCAUGCAGCUGAUGGAGGUGAGGGCGGUGAUGCAGAAGAAGCUGUGCCGGCCGGUUCCCCUGGAGACGAUCGGCACACUCACAGUGGCGACCCUGCGUGAGCUGGCGGCAGAGGCCGGAUCUAAGGGUGGACGCUCGGCGCCUAAGGCCGCCGCUGCAGAUGACAGUGCCGCCGCAGACGAGGGCAGCGCGCCUGCAGAAGAGGCUCCUGCCCCGCAGGCGCAGGCGGCCGCUCCAGAGGUCGAGGCGGCUUCUAAGAAGAAGGCGGAGGCGGCUUCUGCGGGCAAUGUGGUGGCGCAACAGGCAGUGGCAGGCGAUAAGAAGGGUGGAGAUGGAGCGGGCGAGAUUUCGAUCACUGCCAGCGCGGUGAGGCAGAGGAAAGCGGCCAAGGCGGCGGCGGUGCCAGACAAACCCGCAGCCAGCGCCCCGGCCCCCGCCGCAGCAGGCAGCCCACCUAAAGCGCGCACUGUGUCGAGCUCGGCCUCCCCCAAGGCGGCCACGGCGACUGCCACAAAGGCGCAGACGACCCCUGCAGCCUCCAACAGCACUUGGGGCGCCCUCACUUUUGCAGGCGUCCUCUACAUAGGUGCUGUGUUGGCGGUCAUUGGGGCUCCGGCGUUGUCGGUUGUGACUGCGGCGGCCAGCGUCGGUGGCUUGUUUGCAGUGGUUUUGGUGGUUCCAGCCAUCUGGCUGUGCGUGGGCGUGGCGCUGUGCCUGGCCUGCGUGGCCACCAGCCGCCUGCUGCAGCCCAAGCUGUCCGCCAACCGUCCUCUGCCCAUGUUCAGCCUUGAGUUUGCCCGCUGGUGGCUGGUCAGUCGUCUGGUCCAUGUGACAACUAUUGUUUUUGCCGAGCACCUGCGCGGCACCCCCUUCCUCACCUGGUGGUACAGGGCGCUGGGAGCCCGCAUCGGCAAGGGCGGCUACAUUGAUUCUUUGGACGUGUGUGACUUUGACCUGAUCACCAUCGGCGACAACGUGGUUGUCAACGAGGGCUCCACCAUCAUCGGUCACUUCUUCCGGGACGGCCAGCUGCACUUCAGCGAGAUUAUGAUUGGGGACAACUGCAGCCUGGCGCCCUUCUCCAUGGCCAAGGCAGGCACUGUGCUGCCGUCCGGUGCCAGCAUCGGGCCUCAGGCCACCGGCCCAGCCGACCCCAAGAAGCGCGCCGGCAAGGCCCCAGUCCUGGCCGCGCUCAAGACCCAGCUCGCCAGCCCUGACCUCACCGCUGCCCAGACAGCCGGCCUCCAGGUGGCGGGCCUGUGGGCAAUUGGCGCAGUGGCGACAGUGUGCGCAGUUGUGGCGUACGGCAUCCUGGGGACUGUGCUGUCUGCAGCGGGUCUGUCUGCGCACAUUGCCCUGUGCCCGGCCGCUUUCGCCGUGUUCGCCCUGGCCGCCCUCUUCAACCCCCUCUACGCUGCCACCCUGCCCAUCCUCCUGCCGAUUGGAGCGCCUGCAGCAUGGUCUGCUCUCGGCACUGUGCUGUCGCCCGUCUUCGCUGUGGCCGCCAUCAUUGCUGUGCCCCUGUCGAUGACAGUCUUCGGCGCCAGCCUGGCCGCCGCCUCUGUCCUCUUCAAGUGGCAGGUUGCCGGCAAGGUCUCUCCGGGCGUGUACAGGCACCAGAGCGUGCUGGGUGUGCGCAUCUGGACGGCCUCGCGCAUGGUGGAGCUGGCGUUCAAGCGCUUCAUGACGCUGCUGAGCGGCACGUGGGCCAUGAAUGUGUACCUGCGCGCGCUCGGCGCCACCGUCGGCGACUGGGUCUCCUUCCGCCUCGGCAUGUGCCUGCCCCUCUGCCCCGACCAGAUCACCAUCAAGGACGGGGUGCACGUGGGCGAUAUGGCCAACCUGGUGUGCACGUACGCGAUCGACGGCGAGCGCAGCGUCACCGCCCCGGUCACACUCGAGGCACACUCCCUCAUCGGCGCCGCGGCCGUUGCGCUGCCCGGCACCACCCUCGGCAAAAGCGCCACCCUCGGCGCCGGCGCUGCCUCCCUGGCUGGCGCGCAGCUGCCAGGUGAGAUGCUGUACAUGGGCAACCCAGCCACACCGGUGUUCAAGAGCAGCGGCUCCGACAAGGCGGCCGGCCCGACCGAUUCGCGCGCCAAGCUCAUGUUCGCCUCGUGGCCCCUGGUGCAGCCCCUGCUGGCCUUCGGCAUCACCACCCUUGCCACCUACGCCACCAUCGUUGCCGCCCUCGCCACCACCGCCAUCUUCGGCUCCCAGGGCUCCUGGAUUGGUGCGCUGGUGGCCGGGUCUGCGCUGUGGACGAUGUAUGGAGCUCUGCUGGGCAGCCUGGGUGCCGCCGCCAAGUGGUCAUUCACCGGCAAGCUGGAGCCGCACGCUGGCUUCUCCAUGUACGACUCCCUCUCCUUCCGCCGCGCGCUCGUCCUCAUCUCCGAGAUGCCCCUCGGUCCCUUCGCCGAGGCGGUGCGCGCGUCUCCCUGGUACAACCUGUUCGCGAGCCUGCGCGGGAUGACCAUCGGCAAGGGCGCCUACCUGGACAGCACGCGGCUGCUGGACUACGAGCUGGCCUCCUUCGGGGACAACGCCAUUGUGUCGCGCAACGCGCUCGUGUACUGCCACCUGGCCUCGCACAAGAAGGGCAAGCUGGUCGUGUACCAGAAGCGCUCCUCCUUCGGCGUCGGCAGCGUGCUCGGCGCGCGCGCCAUUACUCUGCCCGGCUACACGCUGGCAGACAAGGCCGCCCUGGCCCCUGUCGGCCUCGGCGCGCCCCCCAUGACAUUCUAG